GCGUGGAGGGCAGGGCGGCUGGUGGUUCCGCGCCACGGCUUUUUCUCCCGAGCUCAGGGAACUCGGGGCUGAGAACUUGUCCCCGCCCGCGCCCCGCGCACUCGGCAACCCCCGGCUCCCGCACCUUGUCCCCGGCCCGCCCUCGGCCCGCCUCCGCCCGCGCCAACCCCCCUGCCAGCCGCCGGCCGCGCUCCUCUCGGGUACAAAGGAGGGAAAAUGAGCGGGGCGGCGGCAGCGCUGCGCGGGGCCACUACGGCGGCGGCUAUCGCUGCCUCCCGCGGCACCACGUAGACCGCCUCCGCCCGCCCAGCCGCGGCCCAGGCCCGAGCGGAGCCAGCCCUGCGCCUCCCCAGCCCAGCGCUUCGCCUCCUGGCCGCCGGAGGAGGAGGAGGAGGUGGAGGAGGAGGAGGCGCCGCCUUCCCAGCGCCGCGCGCCCUAGCUGUUGUCUGCGCUCCGCUCUGGACCAUUUUGGGGAAGUUGCCCGAACCCCGCGUCGCCCAGAUGUGCGACCUCAUUGAGCCGCAGCCGGCCGAGAAGAUCGGCAAGAUGAAGAAGUUGCGGAGAACUUUGUCGGAUAGUUUCAGCCGCAUUGCUUUGAAGAAAGAUGACACCACCUUCGAUGAGAUAUGUGUCACAAAGAUGUCUACACGGAACUGCCCGGGAAUGGACUCAAUGAUCAAACCCUUGGACACAAUUCCUGAGGAUAAGAAAGUCAGGGUUCAGAGGACCCAGAGCACUUUUGACCCAUUUGAGAAACCAGCUAAUCAAGUCAAGAGGGUGCAUUCCGAGAACAAUGCUUGCAUUAACUUUAAGACCUCCUCUGCUGGCAAAGAGUCUCCUAAAGUUCGGCGGCACUCCAGCCCCAGCUCGCCAACAAGUCCCAAAUUUGGAAAAGCUGACUCAUAUGAAAAACUGGAAAAACUAGGGGAAGGAUCUUAUGCUACAGUAUACAAAGGGAAAAGCAAGGUAAAUGGGAAGUUGGUAGCCCUGAAGGUGAUCAGGCUGCAAGAAGAAGAAGGUACCCCUUUUACAGCUAUCAGGGAAGCUUCUCUGUUAAAAGGACUGAAACAUGCUAACAUAGUGCUACUUCAUGACAUCAUCCACACAAAGGAGACGCUGACCCUUGUGUUUGAAUAUGUGCACACUGAUUUAUGUCAGUACAUGGACAAGCAUCCUGGGGGGCUGCACCCAGAGAAUGUGAAGUUGUUUUUAUUUCAGUUGCUGCGAGGGCUGUCUUACAUCCACCAGCGUUAUAUUUUGCACAGAGACCUGAAACCACAGAACCUUCUGAUCAGUGACACGGGGGAGUUAAAGCUGGCAGAUUUCGGUCUUGCAAGAGCAAAAUCUGUCCCUAGCCACACAUACUCCAAUGAAGUGGUGACUUUGUGGUACAGACCUCCAGAUGUCCUCCUGGGCUCAACAGAAUAUUCUACCUGCCUUGACAUGUGGGGAGUUGGCUGUAUCUUUGUUGAAAUGAUCCAAGGAGUCGCUGCUUUUCCAGGAAUGAAAGACAUUCAGGAUCAACUUGAACGAAUAUUUCUGGUUCUUGGGACGCCCAAUGAGGACACAUGGCCUGGAGUUCAUUCUUUACCACAUUUUAAGCCAGAACGCUUUACCCUGUACAGCUCUAAAAACCUUAGACAAGCAUGGAAUAAGCUCAGCUAUGUGAAUCAUGCAGAGGAUCUGGCCUCCAAGCUCCUACAGUGUUCCCCAAAGAACAGACUAUCAGCCCAGGCCGCCUUGAGCCACGAGUAUUUUAGUGACCUGCCCCCACGGCUAUGGGAACUGACUGAUAUGUCUUCUAUUUUUACCGUCCCAAAUGUAAGAUUGCAACCAGAAGCUGGAGAAAGCACGCGGGCCUUUGGGAAAAACAAUAGUUAUGGCAAAAGUCUGUCAAACAGCAAGCACUGAUGCACACGGCGUUCUCAAAGGAGCACAGGAUUAAGUUGUCAUCAUUCUGGGAAGGAAAAAAAAAAAAACAUUAAUGAAGUGGCCAAUAAUAAGAAGGGAAUCAUAGAUCAAUUUCCUUUCACUCCCUGUGGUGGAUUUCACUUACAAGAAAAUUGAAGCUGGCAAGACCCUGUUUUCCCUGCAAUUUAUUUAAAACCUUGCACGCAUUUGGAUACCUUGUGAUUUCCAAGAACUAUGUGAAGAUUAAGUUUUGCUUACUGAUACAUGGCAUGUAUUCUUUUCAGUCUUUUGUGUUUGAUUUUGUUUGAUUUCCCUCUGCACCGCAGUGUCUCUGUAAAGGUUUUUAUGCUUUCACCAGCCAUGUCUUAAGUACAUUAAGACAACACAUUCGGUGUUCACACUUCUUCAGUAACGUCUGUACUUGAAAGCCACAUAGUGGCAUAAAACAAUGUGUGUUUUCUUUGAGAGCAGUGCACAUUUUGCAACCACUGGGAAGGAAAAUUAUAGCUAAAGCAAACCCAUGUUCUCUGACUUGACAACUUGGUCCCUGGCCACGGGGCCCCACUUAUCUUUUUACCUUCUGAGGACAUUUGCACAUGUUUUUUGUUUUUGUUUUUUUUCCCUUGGAAAUAACUGCACAUUUAUAUAUAGGAUAUCGGAAUCUGCUUAGCAUUUUCAAGCCACCUAGCGUGAUGGUUCUCCAAGCAGGUUGGAAGUGAAGAAACAAAUAAUCAAGCAUUAAAAAUAAAGACAGGGAUAAAUCGCUUACUUUUGAAUCUCUGGAAACUGAGGUAACUUUUUACAUGUUUUCUGGGUCUUGUCAACAUCUUGUUUUUUCCAUCCACUUUGUUAUGUUUUGUGAGUAUUUUCUAAAUGGAGAAAAGCGUGUGGAACAGAAUGUUUAAAGCAUGGGUGCAAAAGAAUUGUAUCUGCUAGAUGAGCCCUGAAUGCUGUCUUUACUAGUUACCAUUUAAAAAGAAAAUUACAAAGUUUAUCCAGAGUUUAAAAUUUGCUCAUUCACACAGCAGCACCUUUGGACUACAUUUUUUAAACACAUUCCAAGCUGACUGGAAGCCUUCAUUGGGUACCCUAACUGUAAGCAGUCUCCUGGAAUAACUGUUCAGAUGCAGGUUUUAGAAACAAGGCAAGAGUCUUGCUUUAAAGAUGGAAAAGAGAAAAAAAGAAAGGCCCAGCUUCCCUUGUUGAAGAAGUUGAGAGACCUUGGAGGAUGCAGGAGAGUAUGUGACAUGGAUGGGAAGGUGGAUUGGGCGUGCGUGCUUUGAUCUGGAGGGAGCACUGCCUGGCACAGGACUCAGCUUCCAGUUCUCGCUGCAGGAACCCCAAAUCAUAAUGAGGCCAAGGGGGCAGCUAGGAAACUUCAUCUCAAGCAUGAAACCUAGCUCCUCAGGACACCAAUUCCUAUGGAAAUACCUUCAUGUACAUUGUUUUACAUUUUCUAUUAGGAGGAAAGACUGAGAGCUUGAAACGCGUCGCACUUUUUAGGAUCAAGAGUAGGAAUUAUGAGCCAGUUUGACAAAGACUUUCCCUGAGAGUCAAGUGAAGGAAAAGUUUUUCUAUAGUAAAACCAGUCUACCUGGGAAAUUGAACCUAGACUUUCUGAACUUUAAAACGGUACUCUCCCUAGAGCAGGGUGUGAGUAUAGAUGUCCAGGUCACAAUCCAUCUUGUCUGAAGUCACAUUCAUUGUAAGCUUCUAAGUGCUAAGUGAGGAAUUGUUAACUGAUUGAUUUUAAAGAGUGGGAACGUUACCCCAGGCCAGAAUGUUUACUAUUUGCUACUUGGAAAUCUCUCCCAUUCUUCUUUCAUACAUUCCACCCCUUUGGAAGUCUUUAGAGGUAUUUUGAUUUAACACGUAUCUACAUUAGGAUUUCUUAAAAUAAAUGUGGAAAGCAAAUUUUACAUGCAAUCAAAAACGGCCUUUCUGGUGGUGAUUUGUUUUGAAUUAUUCAUUUGGGCGAGAGGCAUAACUUUUGCCCUUUAUUCAGUUUAAACCAAGGGCAACUGCUGAUUAGGCCUUGCUCUGUCACAGGCUUCCUAACUUGAAAAUUUGAAAUAUUUAAUGUUCAAAGACUUCAAUUAGAAAUGUUGGAGUUUUUUAGAGAUAUGUGCCCUGUCACUGUCAGCUUCUCCUGGGAAAAGAAAUGUAAUACUUCUCGGUGUGGAGAAAUCUGAUUUAUUACAGAGACAUGCGUCUCAGAAGGGUCUCAUUUAGGAGGUUUUUAGUUCCCCAUGCUUUCUGUUGGUAUGGGACAUCCAAAUCUGCUUUGUUUCUCUUUCUCCUUUUCUCUCCCAUUUGUAACCACCUUCUCCUUUUUCUUCCCCUCUCUUCUUGCCGAGGACUUACUUACCAUGAAAAUAAUCACAGACUGUGUUCAUUGGCAGAUUUAUUAUUCUACUGAGAAAGCACUGGAAUGUUUUGUGAGAUUAUUUUUGUAUGAAGGAGUAGCUUGAAUUCAAAUAGCUAGAAUAGUUAGAACACAUUAGCCUGGUGACUGUCAGUGUGACAUCACUGUACACACAGUGAAAGGAAACUGGGGACAUUUCCAUUUUCCUAAUAGAAUAGCUUGGUUGAUUUAAAAAUACAAGAUACAUAGGACAUGGGGGGAAAAAAGUUCGUAGUGCUGAUUAAAAAAAAAAAAAAAAACAACCCAAGGGGCAUAAGGCAGGGGGGGCUGUCCAUCUACAGACACAAGGAUGAGAAGCUAUUUCUACCUCCCAGGAGUGACAAGAAGUUUCCAGAGAAGCAGCCAGACUUGAGAAAGGAAGGUCCUUUGGUAUCCUUUCCUCAGUGUGUACACAAUAGCUGGUAUAAUCAGUACCCUAGGUAAUUCAUCUAUACAAGAUAGUCAUCUGUGAAUAUGACUGGUUUUGUAAUCUUUGUUAUAUAAAAGGAUGUUUAGUCUGUACAUACUGGGGGAGAUUAUAGCCUGCCCCUAUACAUAGGAAUAUGCUGCAUAAUUGCAUAUUAAUUCCAUCUCCCUUACCAGCUUACAUGGCAGAGGAAACCAUAUUCGUUAUUGCCUUGCAAUAUUCUCAUACGCCAAACACCAAACCAAACACAAAUCAAAUAUAAGUAAUCUCCUAUUCUCAUUCCCUUCCCACAGCAGCAUAUUUUAGAGGCACAUACAAAAUCUGCAUUCUCUAGUUGGGACUGGAUUUGUAAACUUUUUUCUUUUCUUGUUUUUUUUUUUUUUUGGUUUUUGGUUUUUGUUGUUUGUUUUUUUUUUUUUUUUUUGUAUAAUACACUGAGAUGUAUACUUUCUAACACGGGGUUGGUACCUAAGAAAUGUGCUAGCAUCAUUCAGAAAGCUAUUAUACUUAAAAAUGACACAUAGUAAGGAGAAUGGAAUAAUGUCGCAUAUUUGUUACCAAUUGUAAUUUGUCUGUACAUGGAAGACGUAAUGGUUUGUCAGCUGUCACUGUUGUUUUCUUGUAACAUGAUAUGGAAUAAAGUAUAGCAGAAUCUCUGCACA